CGCCGGUGUUUCAACGGAACUUCUAUUGAGUGUCGCUUCUUUUUAGUGUAUAUUCUUAAUCAACUCAGCUAUUGAUUGCUGUCGCGAACACACGUGCGCUCCCGUGACGUCAUUUACACAUUUACACACCAGCGCUGCUGAACUUCACGUGGGAUCAGUGGAAAGAGGAUGCUGCUGUCGUUUAGGCCGCUGGUCUCUAUCUCUGUGUUGACUCUGUUGGGCUGGUGCUGGUACAGCUUCAGGAGGAGGAGGAGGACAACAGCUCCUCUCUGGACUGAAGAGGAGGUGUGUUUUUCGGACAGAAGCAGACCUGUUCACUCCUCCCCUGCUGACUCCAGUAUUUUGGGGGAAAGUGACCUGAAGAUGGACCAUAACAUCUUAGGAUCCUCUGAAAUAAGCAACUUCACAGAUUCCUCACCAGUUCUGGACAUACGCAACCUUACCUGCACCUCUCCAGUAACAGGCCUCACCAAGGGAGUUCGACCCGAGCCAGAAGGAGAAGUAUCUGUUCGUUUCCCUGAGACUCUCCAAACUGGGAAAGAAAAGGACAGCAUUGCUGGUGAAGGUCAUCAAGAAGUUUGUGAAGAUGACUGUGGGCUUGAGUCUGAUCUGGUUUGUCUCUCUUCAAACUGUCUUUCCAACAACUCUCACCCUUCAACGGGGCAACAGCCAGGUGCUGUCCACUUGGAUAGCAGCCUGUCUGAUUCCUCCACCGAUAGAGGCCUGAACCCGGAGAACAUGGAAAAGAUCAGUUCUGUUCUGGUCCAACAGAUCUUAGAAGCAGCGGCCGAGGACUGGAAAAACCAGGAAGCCAGUGAUCCACGUGAGCUUGCCGGUGUUUCAAGACCUCCAGAGGGUGAAUUUCAGUCUGCUGCUCAAGAACCAUUUCAGCAGCAAAGCAUCAGCGGUGACGACAACAGCAGAGUAUCUCAUCAGGAUGCGGUCUCAUUCAGGGAAAACCUACUCAGCCAUUUAGGAGCUUCUGUUGGAGAUGAUUCUGGAUGUGGUUCUUGCUUCUCAGAGGAUGCAUCCGGUGCAGAGGGACUGUCCAGCGAGCUGUCUGAGGAGGGCCAAGGCUUUUUAAUGACCCCCACAGAAGAGGACACAGUCAGCAUAGAGAGUAAAAUGAUUCCCAGCAUCCACGGAGUGGCAGAAGGAGAAGAGGAGACCUGGAGAGGUUCGGGUGUUAAAAAUUUAAGCUGCAUUAGUGCCGAGACUCAGAUGAGCAGCUUGGCUCCACUUCCGGCCCAGCCCAUCAUUCUCUGGGACAUAGAGGUGCCAGCGCAUCUGGUUGGUCGAUUGAUCGGGAAGCAGGGGAAAUUUGUGAACUUCCUGAAGCAGAGCUCUGGAGCAAAGAUCUACGUCUCCACCCUGCCGUUCACUCAGGAGAUUCAGAUCUGCCACAUCCAGGGCUCACAGCAGCAGGUGGAUGAUGCUCUUUCACUCAUCAGGAAGAAGUUUAAAGAUCUGGAUCUAAGUAAUUGUGUCCCUCUGCCCUGCCUGCCCAUCACAUCCUGGCUGCUGCUGCCUCAGGAUAUGUUUGUGGAGGUGAUUGUGUCGCAGGUAGAGGCGGGUCUUCAUCUGUUCGUUCAGCAACACAAGCAUCCAUCUUAUCAGGCCCUUCCCACCCUUAUUCAGCACAUGCAGCUCUGCUACUCUCAGCCUGGAUGUCCCAGCCUGCCCACCCCCGUCGAAGUGGGGGUGGUCUGUGCUGCUCCAGUAACAGGAAGUGGCUGGCAGAGAGCCCAGGUCAUCCAGUACAACAGAGAGUCUGGCACGGCUCAUAUCAGAUAUGUAGAUAAUGGAGGUUAUGACACCGUGAACAGCGCCAUCCUCAGGCAGAUCAGGUCAGACUUUGUGACCUUACCAUUCCAGGCAGCAGAGGUUCUGUUAGACAAUAUCACGCCUUUGCCAGGAGAGGAAGAGUUUUCCCUGGAGGCUAAAGCAGCACUGGAGGAAUUGACUGCAAAUAUGGCCUUAAUCAUCAAGGUGACAAGCAGUCAAGACGGCCUUCCUCUGGUGCACAUGUGGAAACAGAUGGGAGACGAGGUGGUUCUGCUGAACAGAUUACUGGCUGAACGCGGGUUUUGCACCUGGUUUGAGACACAGUGAUGUCGCAGCUUUUCGCUUAUCCUCUCUUGAACCGCACAGUUAAUCACGUAUUUCACUUUUUGUACUUUUGUUUGUUGUAUGGAGAUUUUGUUGGAGACUUUAUUUUUGAAACAUUCUCUUUAAAUUAUUAACAUUAUGCUAUUUGAUGUUAUUUAAAAGAUCAUUGAAUUAAGUUAUUUUCCCAGAAUGCAUUGAAGAGUAAAUUUAAUAUGGUAAACCAAAGCUGCUAAAGUGAACAGUUGCUAAUAUAGUACUGUUUUCUAAAAUAGUCUCUUGAAUGCUGAUGUUUUGAAAGAUUGUGUUGUGCUCAGGUAUUUUGAUAAUGAAGUAUAUAGUUGUUUUUUUUGUUUUUUUUGUAGUAAUUUACAAUUUUUUGUUCUUUUCUUGGUCUUUGUAUUUUGUUUUCUUUCUGUAAGAUGCGGGUGAGGACUGUGUUGUGCUCUUUGACAGUGAAGAGCAUCAUGAACCCGUGGUGAAAUGAACUUGCUCUGUACUCACACACUGACGCUGCCAAACAUCUCACUGCUGUUGGAGUAAAAGAUCUGUGGAUAUCACAAA